AUGAGUUUACUAAAUUCUUAUCGUAAACCCUAAAUUAGAACAUACUUUGAAAGUUUAACAGAGGGUGUUAAAGAUCGAUUAAGGAAAGCAGAUAGGUUUGGCUAUCCUAUUUCUCUCACAUAUAAAUAGAAUCAAACUUUUACAUCUUCAUUUGGUGGAAUCAUGACUAUCUUCUCGAUAAUAGCCCUUCUAGUUUACUUCUUUGUUAUGUUCUCUGAUGUCAUUAGCAAAUCAAGAUAUACAAUAAAUGAGAUUAAGUAUGUGAGAGAUCUUUACGGUGAUAAAUCAUUUUACUCGUUCAAUCUGAAUUAGUUUGAUUAUGGAGUAUAACUUAGCUAUUCAGGACUAGAUCCCUAAGUUACCAACUUAUUUUAAUACUUUUCGAUAAAGAUGUUUGUGUUUUAAACUGCGGUUAAAAAAAAUUAUACUGAUGGAGAGUAUCCCCUAGAAUAUAUAAGAAAAGAUAUCGAUAUUGCACGAUGCACAUAAGAUAGAUUUGCUGGCCAAUCUGAUGAAUAAGAUAAUUCUAAAUGGUGGUGUCCCUAGGUUAAUGAAACUCUUUUGCAAGGGAGAAUGGGCUCUUUUGUAUCAUAAAGAUUGAAAAUUGAAUUCACUUACUGCGAUUAAAAAUAUCUUAUUAAAAAUUUCCCUAAUUUAACAUGCAAAUCGAGAGAAGAGACUGAUGCUAUAAGUAAAGACUCAUUUUUUCUAUUUGGUUAUCUUGAGUAGUUCUUAGAUGUAGCAGAAUUCGAAAAAAAUCCAAUUAAAUAUACAUUGACUGCAUUAUAGUAUACCCCAUAGACAGAUAUAAGGUUUGAAUACUUUGGCAUCUCUUAAAACUAUGCGAAACUAAGAGAUAGUUGGUUGGCUUCUUCUAUUAGCGUAAAGAAUUAUACAUACGGUACAAUCACUAAAAAGACUUCUAACUUUUAACUGAAGAGCAAUAGAGAUUUAUGGGUUUCUUUUAAUUUUGUUAUGGAUGAGAAUACUGUAGAUACCACAAGAAUAUCAUAUAACUUCAUUGAUGCUUUAACUGCAACUGGAGGAUUUGCAUCUAUUAUUAUGAUUGUAUUCAAAGUACUUACAGAUAAGAUUUAAAAGGUUCUCUAUCACGCAUCAAUAAUGAAAAGACUCUAUCUUAGUAUGGAUUAGUUAUGUGAUGAUGCUAUUGAUGAAAUAAUAUAAAACUAAGGUGCUGAUUUUGAUAAAUUAGAUCCAGAUUGGAAUAAGAAACAUGAUAAGCUUAAUGAUACAUCUUAGCGAGAUCUUUUAAGCCAAACAAGAGACCAAAAUAAAAGUAAAGAGCCAUCAGAUCAAGUAUUAUCUGAAAAAUCAUAGCUAAAGCUAUUGAAGAGCAAAUUCAAAAGACUCAAAUACUUUGAAUAUUCAUUUUCAGAUUACUUAAGGUCUAAGUUGAGGGGUUGCUGGGCAAAAGUAAUGAAAUAGAAGAAUAGAAACAUUAAAGAUCUACUAUACAAAGUUGGAAUGAGCAAACUAACUAAAGAAUUUGACAUCGUUAGAUAUUUAAAGAAAAUCAGAUUAGCUACAUCACUUUCUGAGCUCUUGCUCUCAGAUACUUAGAAAGAGUUGAUUCCAUUUUUUGGCUAGAAUGUAUUAACAUAAUUUGAAAAUAAAACAAAGACCAAUAUUUACAAAAAAUCAAAGACAUUAGAUGACCCUGAUAUACUUCAUAAAUCGUUAAAAGGUGUAGUUAGAAAUAGCAGAAAAUCGCAAUUAGAUUAAAAGAUUCUAAAAAUGCUGGAGUUGCCUAAUUUGGUAGAAAAAUUUUCAAAUAAUUAGAACUUACAAGUAAAAGUGAAAGAGUAGAAGAAAAAAUCUAAGACUAGUAAGAAAAUUAAGGACAGCAUCUGGAAAGAUUCGGCUUAAACUAACUCAAAAAAUUAAAAUAAAAAUAAAAUUUAGAACAAGAAUUUUAACGAUUAAACAAAAGACGAUAAUUCUAUCUAUAAAUAACCUAAAGAGAAUAACAAAAAAAAAGUUGAGGUAAUGAAAGAGACAAAUUCUUAAUCGGUUUGCUUUUAAUAAUCUUUCUCUGAUAAUAAUUCCAAGGCUUAUGAUUUUUACAAGAAAAAUGAAAAAUAAAAAUAGGAGAGAAAAGAGAGUAUAUAAAAUAAUAAAGAGUAAGUUGCAGAUAAUGAUUUUUCCUCAGAGACUGAAAAUACUCAUAGAGUAACUCAAUUUAAAGCUAGAACUAAGAAUAUUAAAAGGAAAUAGGAUAAGUCUGAGGAGGCUGACAGCCUAUCAUAAGCCAGUAAUCAAAUUGAAUCUGACAUAAUAAAGGAUAAAGUAAAUGAAGAUAUUCUCUAAAGCUUUAUGGAGUGA